AUCGUUCGAAGGAUGCUGCGAGGAAAGAGCAGAAACAAGUCGGAGAACGUCGAAGACGAGGGCCAGGUGAAACAGAGGAGACCGAAAUGCGCGCGUUGUCGAAAUCACGGCCUGAUCUCCUGGCUGAGGGGCCACAAAAGGGAAUGCCGUUAUCGCGAGUGCCUUUGUCCGAAAUGUUCCUUGAUAGCGGAGAGACAGAGGGUGAUGGCUGCUCAGGUGGCCUUGAAGAGACAGCAAGCAGCCGAGGAUGCGAUCGCCCUAAAAAUGGCCAAAGUAGCGACUGGUCAGAAGCUCAGUCGACUUCCCCCGGGGAAAAUAUUUGGAAUGGCUGUCACCGAGCCCAAGUCUACGAUAGACGCCAGCAAGGAAGACGAUUUACUUCGGAAAGAGGUCGAGGAGACGGCGGAAGACUCGAAGAAGGAGAGCUCGUUGAAAGAUCAGUGCCACGAGCCUCCGUCGGUUGUCGAAGAUCUGGCAAAUUACAAGAGCCAAAUCUUGUUCAGCGCCAAGAGCCAAGACGACGCAAAAGAGAGUAGCGUGUCGCAGACCUCGGUGGACACUUUAGCACGCCUCUUCCCCAAUACGAAGCUCUCGGUGCUGCAGCUGGUGUUGCAGAGAUGCGGUCAGGACCUGUUGAAGGCGAUCGAAUACUUUGCCAGCGACAGUUUUGGGCUAGGUUCCACCGCGUACGCCUCCGCCUUUCGACCGCCAGCGCAGACAAUCGGCGAGACCAGACCAACAGAUCAACUCGCGAACACGAUGCUGGCGCCGAUCUACUCCAGCUUAUCGAGGAGCCUCUACGGGGACGGCUACUGCCUGUUGAACAUCGUCCCGGACCAGUUCCCAAAGAGCAUCGUGGCGGACGGGCUACCCAUCAAGAACACCGCGCAACACGAUCAGGACAACGUAGCACUGAACGUACAGUAUAACAAUUACUUCAAUUCAGGGAUACAGCAGCAGCUACGGGACCACGUUUACGCCCAGGUCACCGAUCAUCUUCCUUCUAGACCAGGCUUCCUCCAUUUACCUCCUGUACUCCCAGGUAUUCCCUGCGUGCAACCCAACUGCGCUCAGUGUAGCUACAAGUUUCCCUGAAUCGGUUAGGUUGCGCGAUAAAUCCGUGUUUUAUUCUAAAAUUAAGAAUGUAACCCAUCUACACUGUUGAAAAUUUUGUGUCAAGGGAGCUGUUCCGUGGAUUUAUUUAAUUAAGGAUUUUAACAAGACUUUGCUUGAUUGUUCUUUGUUUAAAUACAAAUCAUACGAGCCUAUUACGAUUUAAAAUGACCAAGUGAUAUAAAAUUACGAAAUUUUGUAAUUUUAACACACUCUUAUGAAACGUACAGAUGUCCGUGUGAAUUUUAUCAAUUUAAAUCAAAUUAUGCAAUUUAGGAAGUCGCUACAUUUGAUAUCUAAUAAAACGCGAAAUUAUAAACC